AUGUUCAACCAAGCCUGUAAGCUUUUUGUGGGAGGACUCAAGGUAGACACCAAUGAUGACGGGCUGCGCAAGCAUUUCGAGCAGUUUGGCACCCUCAUCGACUGUGCCGUCGUCCCACACAAGACGGCGCAACGCUCUCGCUGUUUUGGCUUUGUGACCUACUUAACACCAGAGGAGGCCGAUGCAGCCAUGGCAGCAAGUCCACACACAGUGGAAGGGAACUGGGUUGAGGUCAAACGAGCUGUUCCAAAGAAACAGGCCGAUGAGUCUGAAGCUCGUGCCAAGGUGAAGAAAAUCUUUGUUGGUGGCUUGAAAAACGACAUCCAAGAGGACGACCUCACCGACUACUUCUCUCAGUAUGGUGAAGUGGAAAACUCUGAAAUCAUGUCAGAGAAGGAUACCGGAAAGAAACGGGGUUUCGGCUUUGUGCACUUCACGGAUCACUAUGCGGCAGACAUGGCUGUGGCUGUGCCUUUCCACACAGUGAACGGACACAGAGUUGAAGUCAAGAAAUCUGUUCCCAAGCAGGAGAUGCAGGCACCCAGCAGAAUCAGAAUGACGCCAAGAGACAAUUCACGCCGCACCAUGAUGGAACACCAAAACGACGCCAUGGAUUAUGGCCAAAAUUACGGCUAUGGAAAUGGCGGAGGAUAUAGGGGUUAUGGGGGGUGCUGCUGCCCAUGCAGAGGCGGCUGUUCCGACCAGCAAAAUGGUUACGGAGGUGGCUAUUCCAACCAGCAAAAUGGUUACGGAGGCGGCUAUUCCAACCAGCAAAAUGGUUACAGGGGCAGGAAUGGCUACAAAGGUCGUGGCCAUGGCCAGCAGUCUUCUGGCUCUGGUCCAAUGAAAAAGUCUUUUGGUGGUCAGAGAAGCUCUGCUCCCCACACAAGAGGCAAACAGUAAAGACUUAGAGGAAACGUAAAAUAAUUGUAGGAAAUUCACGUUUCAGAACACCUAAAUUAAUAAACAAACUUUUUAUGAUAAUAGGAAACACAAAAAAAGGAGGACUUAGACUUACAGGAACCUCUUUUAUAAUUUAUAUUGUUGUUUUUAAUGUUUGAAAGAAAAAUAGAAGU